AUGUUGUUAAAUCUGGUGCUACAGAGUACGCUUUUUGAUGGAAGGGUGAUUGAUGUGAAGCAACUUUCUCAAGGAUCCCAACAAGGAAAAAAUCAGUUUAUUAAUGAGAUUUCUGCCAUUAAUGCAGUGCAACAUCACAAUGUUGUGAAAUUGUAUGGAUGCUGCAUUGAAAGAACUAGGCGCCUCCUUCUUUAUGAAUAUCAUGAAAACAAAAGCCUUGAUAAAGCAUUGUUUGGAAAUAGGGUGUUACAUCUCGAUUGGCCCACCCAAUUUAAAAUAUGCUUGGGAAUUGCAAGAGAUCUAACAUAUCUUCAUAAGGAGUCAAAGCCGAAAAUUGUACAUCAAAUGUCGAAGCAACUUGUUUUGGAAUGUGCUGAAGAGUGUAAGAUGUUGUGA